CAGAUGGUGACCAAAGGAUUUUCUAAUAGUUUCUUCCGGGAUAAAUCGCGGGCACAACAUAUUCCGGCAAACGUACGAAAAACAAACUCUUAAACUAUGCUAAUUGACAUUUCGUCCGAUUACGGAUACGUUGUUUUAGUCGUAUCGUCCACAUGGAUUCUUUUAAACUGGAUGGGUAUGAAGGUGUUCGAGGCACGACGGGUGUACUCCGUACCGUACCCAAAAAUGUACAGCGGUGAUGACCGUUUCAACUGUGUUCAGAGAGCGCACCAGAACACGUUGGAAGUGUAUCCUACAUACCUAAUACUGCAGAUACUUGGCGGCCUCUAUGCACCAAAACUGGGGGCUGUCUGUGGCCUGAUCUGGAUAGCCGGAAGAGUGGCCUACGCCUUGGGAUAUUAUACUGGGGACCCUGAGAAGAGGAAGUGGGGGGCCUUUGGUUACAUAGGCCUGUUGACAUUACUAGUCUGCGCAGUAAUGUUUGGCUUAUCACUUCUUGGCCUCUUCUAAUCUUCUUCUGUGGAAACUUCACCUGUGAAACACUUUUCUGCAGCAGAUUUUUUAGAAAAGAAGUGCUUCUGAGUAUCGAAAUAGAAAACAUGGAUGAUUUUUUAUGCCCAUUUGUAACUAAAAUUAAGAUAAUCAGAUUUCUAUUCACUUUAAUAGUCUUCACCACUUGUAUAUUCGUUAAUGUAUACUGUAUUACUCAGGUAAAAAGUUUGAGUGGAGGACUGACAGUGUCCUUUGGAGGACUGACAGUGUCUUGUGGAGGACUGACAGUGUUUUGUGGAGGACUGACAGUGUCCUUUGGAGGACUGACAGUGUCCUGUGUUGGACUGACAGUGUCCUUUGGAGGACUGACAGUGUCUUGUGGAGGACUGACAUUGUCCUGUGUUGGACUGACAGUGUCCUUUGGAGGUCUGACAGUGUCUUGUGGAGGUCUGACAGAGUCCUUUGUUGGACUGACAGUGUUUUGUGGGGGACUGACAGUGUCUUGUGAGGACUGACAGUGUCUUU